GUAUAAACACAUAUCUACACCAUAGUUUUUGUUAUUCAGAAACACCAUCUCAAUAAUGCUUCAACUGCCAUUGCUUCCUGUCUUCUUGACUUCCAUUCUUUUCUUGUUGAUGCUUGUUAGGUAUUUGAACAACUCUAAAGUUAGAGGAAAGGAGCUUCCAGGGCCUAAACCACUGCCUAUUAUAGGGAACUUGCAUCAAUUGGCUAGAGAUUUACCACACCAUGCUUUGACAAGAUUAUGCAACAAAUACGGUCCUGUAACAAAGCUACAACUUGGACAACUUGUUCUAGUGAUUAUUUCUUCGCCUGAAACUGCCAAAGAGGUGUUAAAGACCAAAGAAAUCAGUUUCGCACAGAGGCCUCAGGUGUAUGCAGUGAAAGUCAUGUCAUCCGAUCAUUCAGGUAUUUUUUUCUCUCCCUAUAAUGAUUAUUGGAGAGAACUGAGGAAGAUAUCUGUUAUGGAGCUCUUGAGCCCUAAGCGUGUCCAGUCAUUUAAAUCCAUUAGAGAAGAGGAGGUAUGGGAUCUUAUUGAAUGUAUUUCUUCCUGUGAGGGACUUGUAAUAAAUCUCAGUGAGAAGAUUUUCGCCAUGACGAAUAACGUGGUUUCGCGGGCGGCUUUUGGUCAGAAGUGUAAAGAUCAACACGAUUUUACAAAUCUGCUAGAGGAAAUAAUGCACCUUGCUGGAGGGUUUAACAUUGCAGAUUUAUACCCUUCUCUUAGGUUUCUUCCAGCCCUGACUGGGAUGAAAUCUGCAUUAAUGAAAAUUCAGAAGAAGGUUGAUAAGAUUCUUGAAGAUAUUGUCACCGAACAUAAGUUGAAAAGAAAAGCUGAUACCAAUGGCAAUGAUGACAUAGUUGACGCACUUCUCAAUUAUGAAGAGGCUAAUGAGAAUGAGUUUCAUCUCACAACCGAUCAGGUGAAAUCUGUGACUUUGGAUAUUUUCUCUGCAGGGGGUGAGACUUCAGCAACAUCAACAGAAUGGGUUAUGUCAGAGCUGCUGAAAAACCCGAGAGUAAUGGAGAAAGCUCAGGCAGAGGUACGACAAGCAUGUGAAGGAAAGAGAAAAAUUGGGGAGGCUGAUGUUCAAAAGCUCGAUUACUUGGAAGCUGUUAUAAAGGAAACUUUCAGAUUGCACCCUCCAGGUCCUUUACUUCCAAGAGAAGCGAGGGAAAGCUGUGAGAUUAGUGGAUAUAAAAUACCAGCUAAGGCCAAAAUCUUCAUUAAUACUUAUGCAAUGGGAAGAGAUCCCAAAAUCUGGACAGAUCCUGAAGACUUUCAACCAGAGCGUUUUGAAGGCUCUUCAAUUGACUUCAAAGGGAACCACUUUGAAUUGCUUCCCUUUGGUGCUGGUAGGAGGAUUUGUCCAGGCAUAUCAUUUGCAACUUCCGCGAUACAACUUGGCCUUGCUCAGAUGCUUUAUCACUUUGACUGGAGACUCUCAAAUGGGACUAAACUAGAAGACCUGAAUAUGACAGAGAGUUUUGGAGUGACAGCUAGAAAAAAAUAUAAUCUGCAAGUGAUCGCUACCACUCGCAUUCCUUUCCUGAAAUGAUAGACUUCUAACAUGAAAUCGUUAAGAAUAAGUUCUGGGUAUUGCAGGUUUGUCUAGCCUUGUUAUUUUAUGCGAUUUUGAGUCCUAGUGCCGGGCAUGUCCAGUCAUUUAGAUCAAUAUUAUUAAGAUGUUGAUGGGA